CAGCAUAAGAACAAAACAUCAUCUUGCAGUUAUGUAGUGAAUAAAGGAAGCCGUUCUUCGAAGUCGUUCAACGCAAGAUGUCUUCUAAAACAUUCGAUCGAACGAAUUUCUUAUAGAUGAAUCAGUUCACUACUAAACAUGUUUGAUUGUACGGCGGGACCGAUGGACUCGGCAGAUUUGUUGCGGUUCGCAAAAGAUGCAGGGUGCUCAAUGUGCACCAUAUCACACGAAGGGAAUGUCAUGCUAUGUGAGCAGGUGGACCAGUUGUUCCCUUCGGUGUACAAUCGUAUCUUUUCUACUGUGGUCGAUAGCAUCCAAAAAUUGAAAAUAGUCGGAAAAAAGCCAACAACCUCUGAAGUGCGAACCGAAAGGUUGGUGAUAACGCGUUCGUUGCAACAAGCAGUGUGCUCUUGGCAAAUAAUUGAGGAUGAAAAACCGGGUGAAACAUUGAUGCUGCUGAAUGAUAUUCUGCCGAGACUGAAUGAUCCUAUGCUCAAGUAUGAUUUGAUUAGCAACAGCACAAAAGAGAUCACGAGCUACGAACUGUUCCAUGGGGCGUUGGAAUGGCGCUGGUUGCUAGUGCUCCUGACAAAUGAAGUGAAGAAAAAACAAGAAGAAUCUGGAAGAAAUUGGAGAAAAAUUAUAGAACUGACAAAGCUAUUCGCGCAACUGUACCGCGAGAUGAUGAUUGAUUUGCUGGGACUGGUGGUCCAGUUUUUCGAAAACCACCGUCUGGAAGAAAUCGUCGACAACUGUCAGUUUAACUGUGACUGUGUUAGUCUCAUGUGGUUCGGCAUGAUGGCCUUAGCAGAGCAAUCGGAAGAGCGGCUGAACUUCUGGUGUUGCUUUGACGAGAGUAUCCAACUGGUGGUAAACGAUCCAAAGCAAAGAUGCUUAUUAAAGGUUUGGCUGAUUCACACUUUAGCAGAGCUUUGUGAUGAAGCAUUAUUCCGCGACAUGAAAGCUACUGGGAUAUCUUUGGCAGCCUUAGCCCAAAUCCCUUGCAUUAUUGCCAAAUUGUUGGCAGAGUUUCCUUUGGUCAACCUCAGCGAACAACAGUUGCGUGUAUUUUUGCUGCUCAUUAAACCAUUUACCACCGGGUUUUGGGCGGAACGGCCUGAUGUAGUGACUCGUCUGUGGGACUACUUCGCCUCGCGUUUCGAUACCCUAUGUUUGAACACAACCGCGUCGUCAGCACGUAGCCCGUCAUUAACUGACUUUAUCCAGCAGAGCCAGGCUCUAGUCGUAUCAGAACUCUCCCGGCUAGAUUUGGAAACCACCAGCCUGAGUAUAUUCAUUAAUCUGCUCACAUUUACAAUCGACUAUUUCACGAAAAAAGCUGACGAACGGAUGGUUCAUAUCAUAUUCAGUCGCAUUUUCGUUGGGCUGAGCUUCAACAAAUACUCCAAUACGACGGAGCAAGCCAUUUAUAAUAUCUGCUUACUAAUAACGGCAAUUCUCAAUGCGAUCAGUGGCUAUAAGAUUUUCCCACGAGUGUUCCAACACAUAAACAUGAUCCCGAUAACGUGUGGUCAAAUCAACACACCCGUUGCUACCAUCAUAGGGCGCGUCGUUAUGGCGACGCAGGUGCACAUGGCUGUGUUGGUGCACUUAGGUAGUACAAACUACAACAAAACGAUGCAUGUGCAGCGAUUCUUAAGAUGCUUUCACAAGGCGCUAAGCGAAUACGCUAAGGACCUGCUGCCGGCAAUGGUUGUGAUUUCAGAAGGAAUGUUACAGCUGUAUAAACAAGCUCAAACGAGAGGAUCUUAUGCACUAGGUGAAGUGUAUUUAAUCGACACUUGGAUUACAAAAUAUUUGGAGUGGUCUGGCACCAACCGUUAUCAGCUUUUACAUGUCAUUGCUACCGGUAUGCAGGAGGCGGCAACCAGUAAACAAUUCAUUGAGGCAAUUAAUCGGCACGUGUUUCAAUUUGUGCAUCAGAAAUUCUCGGAACCACGUUCAGUCCCGCCGUGUAUCGCUCAGAUCGCCGCCUACUUGACCAUCAACGAGGAGUCAUCAAGGUGUGUGUAUGGUAUGUCAGAUUCACCAAUCCUCAGGAUGUUUAUCACUUUCGCGAAAUGUCGAACAGCCCAUUGGGAUCAGCGGCUCGAUUAUAUUACUCUUGUUGUGACAAUCGGUCGAGUGGGGGAUCUAAGUAUUAGGCUUUUAAUCCAACAGUGGCUGCAGCUGUGUUUCAUUCACAACAACGAGAAAAUGAGAAAAUUUUCCCAAGUCAUUCGAAAAACGAGAGAAUUUAAGAUGCUCUGCGAUAUACCCGAAUAUGAUCUACUUGAAACUAGCGAAGAACCGAUCACUCUGUUCUUUCGUUACGUGGGCGAACGAUAUCACGAGACAUCAGGUAGAAAGCGGCUUCAGCUGAAGGAGCGAUUGGUUUUAUUGUUUGAGGAUUUGUCCGAGUGGAUGCCAAAAUCCGAUGGUAUCUUACGAAAACGGUUUCUUACGGUGUUGGUUUCGGCAUUGAACGAGUGUCCUGAAGCAUUUUACAAUCCUUCCUGUAGCCAGUGCGUAUUUCAAAAAGCUUUUACUUGCUACUUUCUGCCUUUCGAUGUAUUUUCAACGCUCGAAGUAUCGCUCGAUUAUGUUGUUGCCAUCGCAGGUAUCUGGAAUCGGGUAUUGGACAUUCUAGCCAAGAUGUCAUAUAACACCGAUCUCGUGAUCAACAAGUACAUCACCAAUAUGCUCAUAAAGUGGCUGCCACAGUUUGCGAAACUACCCAAAUCCAACGACGCCGUGGACCCAUUGAUGCAAUUUUUCUGUGGUACCAAUGAAACGAUAGUUCGACAUGGGAUGCCGUGCAUCGCUAGCGAAUUCAUCGAACUAGUGAGAUGUCGCCCCAGACCAAAUACACGGCAAGGUCUACUAAUGGUUCAGUGGUUAUUGGAGGCUUUGAUGGUUAAUGAGAAACAAGAUAAAGUGGUACUAUUCAUUGGUCUGCUUGGUUACCCAUUAUUGGAGCACUCAUUUAAGUGCGACCCACGCGAACCGCAACAGACGCGAGAAAUAGCUACCAAGCUGGUGUUUCAUAUGAUAACUUAUGCAGACCAAUGUGAUACGAUGUAUAUGGCAAUGCGUGAGGUGUUACUUAAAUUCACACGGGAGUUUAUGCUCCAAGCGUCAAAAGCAUGCUCUUCUUUCUUACUAAGAUUAGCGGAAAAGAGUCCAGACAUAAUUCGCUCAAUGACGUAUAUUUUACAAAUGGACCUGAUAAACGCGGAUAUGAUAAAGAACAAUGAAAAUGAAUCGAUGCUUAAGAAAGCUGUUGACGAAUUAAUGUGUAAACUAGAUCAACUUUUCGAUAAUCAUGAUAAUGAUUUUCUGGAGAUUUAAAAACGCGACUAAAAUUACGAAUCACACCUAGAAAGCUAAGCUACCAACGAAUUUCGAAAUAAAGUUAUGUUGCUGCGUUCACAAC